AUGGAUCAUAUGGCUCCUCUAACAGAGCAAUAUUCCGUACGUGGCAUGAUCUGCAACAUUGCAAAGCUGAAAAAGAAUGGGUUGCAUGCGAAGCGGAGGCUUACCAGAGGCAGUGAAAAGAAGCCACCCCGGGAUGUCCCUCCAGGUCACUUGGCUGUAGUAGUAGGGGAAGCUAGAAGAAGGUUCGUUGUAAGGGCGGAUUUGCUGAACCACCCGGUUUUACGGCAGCUGCUAGACCAAGCAUAUGAAGAGUAUGCUCAUGAAUGCCCUGGCCCUUUGGCCAUACCAUGCGACGAGCUUCUGUUUGAAGACAUAGUUCACUCUCUUAGAGGUGGUACAAGUAGCAAUCAAUUCUCCUGCCCCUUCAUUGCUUUCUGA